AUGUUCGGCCAGAACAAGUCAUUUGGCUCGUCCAGUUUUGGAUCGAAUACUGGGAGCGGGCUCUUCGGACAAAAUAACCAGAACAAGGGCCUUUUCGGGCAAUCAACUGCGCCUGCCGCCACUUCCAGUCUUUUCGGUUCGAACCAAAACAAACCAGCGGGAUCAUCGCUUUUUGGAGGAGCCAGCAAUACUAGCUCCAAUCUUUUCGGUAACCAAAUACAGCAGUAAAGUGUUUCUGACAAACGAAGUUCUUCAGGAUCUCCGCAACCUCAGAAUCAAUCAUCUUCACUGUUCGGAGGGCAAAACAAUGCCAACAGAUCUCUUUUCGGUGGUUCUACAACUACCACCAGCACUGCCGGUGGAGGACUUUUUGGAGCGAACACCAACACAUCGAAUGCGGGAACUUCAAGUUUGUUUGGUUCGAACACCGCGUCAUCUGGCGGAGGGCUCUUCGGAGGUGAGUCCUUAUCACUUAUUGCGAAACACAAUUUUGUGCCGAUUUAGGAUCAGCUGUGACGGGUACAACUAUAAAGUUUGAGCCGCCGAUAAGUUCCGAUACGAUGAUGCGAAACGGAAGUACUCAGACAAUAUCGACGAAGCACAUCUGUAUUUCUGCUAUGACAAAGUACGAACAGAAAAGUAUGGAGGAGUUGAGAGUGGAAGAUUACAUGGCAAAUCGGAAAACUCCUGGAACUGGAACCACCACGACCGGUGGAAAUAUUUUCGGAUCAACGACCACUAAUGCUAACCAGAGUGGAAGUACUCUGUUCGGCUCAAAUACUCAGCAAAAAUCCUCGCUGUUUGGUGGCGCCACGACGUCAUCUCCUUUCGGUGGCAAUACGUCUGGAGGAACUUCGCUCUUCGGGAACAAUAAUGCGGCCAAUACUUCAACCACUGGAAGCUCUCUUUUUGGUGCGAAACCAGCGGGAUCGUCUUUGUUCGGAGCUACGACAGGUAAGAAAAAAGAUAAAGGAGUAUCUCAGUGAGUAGUCAGCCACUACAGGAGCCUCCACAUUUGGUCAAAACACCGGUUCGUCGUUGUUCGGAGGAAAUCAGCAGAAUGCAACUGGUGGUUCACUUUUUGGACAAACUCAGAACCAGAACCAGUCUGGAUCUCUCUUCGGUAUUGAAUGUGAACAUUAAAAUGUUCUACGAAAAAUUAGCUUCAGGAAACACAUCGAACACUGGAACUAAUCUCUUUGGACAGAACAGUCAACAGCAGCCGCAGCAACAGAGCGGGUUUAACUUUGGAGGAGCUGCAAAUGUAACGAUACCUUCUUUUAAGAGGAAAAAUAAAGUUCUCUGUUUAGACGACGAAUGCCUUUGGCCAGCCUGCUGCUGCCAAUACUGGAGGAAGCCUUUUUGGAAAUACGUCAGCCAACACAGGCGGUUCCCUGUUUGGAGCCAAGCCAGCUACGAGUACUGGAGGAUUCAACUUUGGUGGAAAUCAACCCACGACUACGAAUGCGUUCGGAACUACGAACACGACAGGUGGAGGACUCUUCGGUAACACAGCUGCCAAGCCAGGUGGUCUAUUCGGAAAUACCACAACUACCGGCGCCACCGGAGGUCUCUUCGGAUCUCAACCUCAGGCGACUACUGGAAGUCUGUUUGGCUCGAACACUCAGGCCACACAGCCGUUGAGCACCGGAUUCGGCAACGCUGCUCAGCCGCAAGUCGUUGUCCAGCAACAAGUUGCUCCAAUUCCAGUCAUUGGCGUUCCAGCUGAUAUCCUCCAGAUGCAGGCGAACAUGAAAUCACUGCAAUCGCAGCUCACCAAUGCACCGUACGGAGAUUCUGCUCUUCUCAAGUACAACACAGCUCCAGAAUCCGAGGGCAAAGGAUCUCAGAUAAACGCCCAAAGGCAGAUCAGGUUCCUGGCUGCUAAGAAAGGAGCGUUGACCGUGGGAUCUCCUAGCCAAGAAUCUUCGUUCAUUGUGCCGCCCAUCAGCAAGGUGAUGAGUGACCUCUCGCCCGCUGUCAACAGAUCCUCUGAUAUCACAAGAGAUCUGAACUACACUUCGAGAGAAGCGCCCCCGACGUUGGGAAGAGGACUUCGCACCGGAAGCUACAAUCCCAACUCGUCUUUGGUCAACCAAAGCCUUCAUGACACCAGUGCUAUCAACAGGUUUUUUCGAUCGAUUGCAUCUCAUCUCGUUCAAUUCAAAUUUUCAGAACUAUUGAUUCUGCGAUUGACGCUUCCCUGAACGGUUCUUCAAACCGUCUCGGAGUGCGUGGAUCAGUUAGAAGAAGCAAUUUGAAACAGCUUGAUCUGUCUGUUCUCUCCGAUUCCUCUAGAGUUGGACCAGGAACUCGUGCUGCCGAUCCAGAUGCUCUUCCACGAAUUGCCGAGACUUCUAGACGACCCGAGAUUGUCGCUUCGACUCCGCAAGUGGAUCCGGUUCAAGCUGUUGUGCAACGUCAUCAAGACAGAAAUAAGGAGCCGCCGGCAUUGAAUCUGGACACGACAUGCGAUGAAUACACCGGCAUUGAGCCAGUUUCCGCAGCCAGUUCAGUUGCAUCUGUUGUUACCACUCCGACCGAGGAAACGGCCGCCCAGGAGAACAUGGCCGCCGGGGUGAGACUCAGCAAACCCGACUACUUCUCUUUGCCGACUAUCAACGAAAUGAAGAGCAUGGUGAAAAAUGGACGUGUCGUCUUGGAGGAUGGUCUGACAAUCGGGCGUUCCUCGUACGGAAGUGUUUUCUGGCCAGGCAAAAUUGAGCUGAAAGAUGUCGUGCUCGACGAAAUUGUUAUAUUCCGUCACCGCGAGGUAACCGUUUACCCAAACGAAGAAGAGAAGCCCGCUGAGGGACAAGAACUGAACAAACCUGCCGAAGUUACACUGGAGAGAAUCUGGUACACGGACAAGAAAACGAAGAAGGAGGUGCGCGACGUCGUGAAGCUGGCCGAAGUGGGAUGGAGAGAGCAUCUCGAGAGACAAACCACCCGAAUGGGAGCCACGUUCAAGGACUUCCGUGCUGAAACUGGAAGCUGGGUGUUCCGCGUGGAGCACUUCAGUAAGUACGGACUCGCCGACGACGAUGAGCCGAUGGAUGUGGCCCCGCCUCUACAACAGCCGCCACAGCAACCAGAGCAGACAGCUUCACCGCUCCGAUCGGUAAGAAAGACGCAGAUGAACUCCUUUUGAACCACACAUUCCAGCUCGACCUGAACACUUCUGGCAACGACGUCAAUAGCCAAGUGCAGCGAAAAAAGAUUUACAAAGAAGUCUUCCUUCAUGAGGUCCGUUUUUGAAUAAUCACACUGACUCAUGAUUUCCCUUUUUCAUCACCUGAACACGGUUUUUCAUAAUUUCUCUGUUUUAUUUGUUAGUUUAUUUUUACCGAUACUGACUGCUUGCCAAUACCAUCCGGGGCAGGCUGAACAGAAACACCAGCAAUUGUCUAAUCAUUAUUUGUCUCUUUGAGUUUUUCGCAAUAAACUUGUUUCUCAGAGCCCUUCCCCACAUGGUAUUGGUAUAGAAAAUGAGCGAAAGAGUCUGUCUACGUAUCCCUUCGACUUUAAGAUGCUCGCCGAACGAGUGCCAGCUCCGGCACCUCUCGCCAGCGCCGUCCAAAUCGUUCGUCAUGCGAAUCCAGGAGGACUUGGCGGCGGAAAAACAGACAAAUCCCGGGAAGAUGGUCGGAUAGCCGACAUGACAACUGGAUUCGAAGAAUCGGUCAUAAUUGAGGACGGAGAACAGCCGGAGAAGAAGCCGAAGCUCGAGUUUCUUGCCGAUUUGGAGUACGAGAGCAGUCGCUUCAUUCGAAAUCUGCAAGAUCUGAAAGUGAUGCCGAAGAGUCGAGAGCCCACGAACCAAUUCAACGGAGGAAGAGAAGAGAGGAAGAUGCUCGGGUUCGGAAGGAGCAAAACGAUCGAUCUGGGAGUAGCAAAGGGGCGGAGCGCCCGGGUCGGAUGGAGUGAAAACGGAUGCCUUGUGUGGUCUGCGCAGCCCGUCCAUAACCAUGUGCUUUUCGGAACUCUUGACCGAACUUCCGACGUAGACGACGUGAGAAACUUUUUUCUUUUUCAUGUGAAAACGUGCGUUUUGCAGGAAACUCUGGUCGCGAUGAUCGAAGUCAACGUGCAGGUCUCGGAAACCAGAAGAAAGGGACCUUCUACCCAAACAGACUCAAUUUCCUCUUCUCUCGUUUCCAACUUUGCCACUUACUCGGACUCGUUCUCUACCAUGUUCAACAGUUACAUUGACAUUGCCCAGACUGGCGGUUAUGACGGACACGCGUCCGUUUGGCAGCUUCUCGCGGGCCUUUUCCCGUCGGAACGGCGCGAAGGAUGGUCGUUUGAAAGAGGAGAACGAAUCGGAGAGUGGCUGAAAACAGAAGCGAAGAAAAGAGUGAUGGAAUGGAGAGGACCACGAGAGGAGGCCGCAGUCGGAGUCUGGAGACAGUUGUGUAUUGGAGACGUCGAGAAGGCGUUCCAGUUGGCCAAUGAGAACGGACAUCCGAAAUUGGCAUCCAUUCUGCACUCGAGCGCCGUCUGUCCGGAGGCCACAGUUCAUUGCUUCAAGGCACAGAUCGAGAACUGGAAGAAGUGCGAAGUGCUUCAUCUGGUGCCGAAGUCGCUUCUCAAAUGCUAUGUUCUCAUGUCUGGAGUGUCCCACUUUGAUUGGACUCACGAAGGUCAGAAACACUCGAUCAACUGCCUCGAAGGUCUUCAUUGGACACAAGCUCUGGGACUGCACGUCUGGUUCCUUCGCAAUUGGACUGGCCUUGAAGACGCUUACAGUGGAUAUCAACAGGACGUUGUCGCCCGGAGAGCCGCUUCCAAUCGUGGAGAUUUGCACGGAGAGCUCAUCAAAUUGGCGUGCGAAUCACAGCAUUCACUCGAAGUAGUUUUGGAUUGCGCUGCCGGAGAAAUGCCCCAUGACCACUUCCUUCAAUGGCACAUUUGGAGUGUUCUCUAUUCUGUCGGAUACCGUACCAUGUCCAAGACCGCUGAAACACGACUUCAUCGAAGCUACUCUGCUCAGUUGGAAGCUGCUAAACUGUCGACGUAUGCCGUGUUUGUAAUGCAGCACAUUGAUGAAGAUGAAGAGUGAGUUGGAAAAGACAUUCCCGUCAGCGAUAGGUUAAUUUCAGAAGGGCAACCGCGGUCCGAUCUCUUCUCGACCGUAUCGCCCGUUUCACUGACAACGAGACGUUCAACGCCAUUUCGGAACAAUUUGAUAUUCCCUCUGAAUGGAUUGCUCAAGCACAGUUUACGAUUACCAAAUCCUCUGACGACUCCACUCAACUCUUCGAGCUGGCUAUUGCCGCCAAGAAUCUUCUCGAAAUUCGCCGUCUGUUCGUCGAUGACAUUGCUCCGACUGCCGUGGUGGCUGGAGAUUCGGACAGUCUAAAGACGGUGUGUCUUAUGGUCCGCCCGUUUGAAAAUCAAAUUCCGGAAUGGGGAGCCAGUGGAAUGAUCUACAUGGACUACUGCCGACUAAUUGAUCUUCUCGAGAACGACGUCGAUGAGAGUAAUCUUCAGGAGGUGCUCGACAGCCUCGAAACUCGACUCCACGCGCCUUCCAUCACCAAAAAUACCAUACAGAAGUAAGUGAAUUCAUCUGAACUCCCGAUUUUAAACCGGUACAAUUUCAGACUGGCUCUCCAGACAAUCGGACGUCAUCUGUUCGAGUAUCGCGCCGAUAAAAACUCCCUUCCCGAAUGGACGAAACUGCUCGGACACCGUCAGAUGUUCAAGAUCUUCCGGGACCGAUCCUCAUGGGGAAUCGAACGUUUUACCAUCGAAUUCGAAUAG